AUGUGUUCCUACGCCCCGUUCCUAUGCUUCUCGCAUAAAGUUCCUUUGUCCGACGAGUUGCAGCCUUUUCAACGCUUUGGUUCCUCGCUUCCAGCCGAUGCUCAAUCUGUCACUCGUGUCUUGAGAACACAACCAUCUCUUUCUCUCGAUCGAGAAAAAUCACAGGAAGUGUUCCAUCUUCCUCAGCCGUGGUGGAAAUCCGAGUUCCUAUCGACACAGCCACCUUCCUAUGGUCACUCCUCGUUAUGUCACAGCGGCCUACAAAUAAUCCCUGGCCCCCAAAGCCCCCACAGUAGUGGCAGUGGCAGUUUACCAUUCAUGAAUUAUUAUGAUUCUUCGCCAUAUCAGCAAGAUGAUGCACUCGUAUCGCCGUUUGAUGAGCAAAGGAGCAUUCACUCCAUGCCAGACAGCUUAAUCGACUUGGACCCGUCUCUCACUCUAUCAACAUCCCCCAAAUUUGAAGUCUACCCUGACAAGAUAUCGCCUUUCAACUUCAAUGAAAUCUCCCAGCCAAGCUGCUACUAUCAUCGUAAAACACCAGAAGCUCUGUCACAGGCUCCGAUCCCUGUAUCCUCGUGCCCUAAACGAGGAGGGAGAAUAAGAUCCACAUCUCGCGUCUGCAAAUCAACAGAAAAGCGCACCCCGUCAACACAAGGCCGUCGUCACCCCCGAGCAGUAACAUCAUCACCCGAAAGUGAAGCCUCGCGCACCUUUAUCUGCAGUUUCGUUGCCUACGGAUGCAAAAGCACUUUUACUUCAAAGAAUGAAUGGAAGCGUCAUUUCACCACAAAGCACCUUCUAUUAGGGUUCUACCGAUGCGAUGUAGGCAGAUGUAAUAACCAGACACAACAGAUGUCAACCCAAUCUCUGGAACAUACAUCUACCACUCCCCAGUCCUGCCAGCCAAAUGACUUCAAUCGCAAAGAUCUUUUUACUCAACACCAGCGUCGUAUGCAUGCUCCCUGGCGGCAGACUGACCGGCGAAGAGCACCUACCGAUGCCGAGCAUGGUGCUUUUGAGUCUGGCCUUGAGCAAGUUCAAAACAGAUGCUGGCAUCGUGUGCGGCAACCACCCCCUCACAGUCGUUGUGGGUUUUGUGGAGAGUGUUUCUCAGGCAUUAAUAGCUGGGAUGCCCGGAUGGAACAUGUUGGGCGCCAUUUUGAGAGACAGGAUCCGGCUUUCUCUGAAGAGGAGGCAGAAGAUAUGGCGCUUCGUGAGUGGGGAUUGACAGAGGGCAUCUUGACCCUUGUGGAUGAGCAGGUUUGUUUGGCUUCGUUGGUGGAGACUGAGAGGUGA